AUGUCGGUGACACUGCAUACAGAUGUAGGUGAUAUUAAAAUAGAAAUCUUCUGCGAGAGGACGCCCAAAGCAUGUGAAAAUUUCUUGGCUCUUUGUGCCAGUAAUUACUACAAUGGCUGUAUAUUUCAUAGAAAUAUCAAGGGUUUCAUGGUUCAAACAGGAGACCCGUCAGGUACCGGAAGAGGAGGAAACAGUAUCUGGGGCAAGAAAUUUGAGGAUGAAUACAGUGAAUAUCUUAAGCAUAAUGUUAGAGGUGUUGUAUCUAUGGCUAAUAAUGGCCCAAAUACCAAUGGAUCUCAGUUUUUCAUCACCUAUGGCAAGCAGCCACAUUUGGACAUGAAAUACACAGUAUUUGGAAAGGUGAUAGAUGGUCUGGAGACUUUAGAUGAAUUGGAGAAGUUACCAGUAAAUGAGAAGACAUACCGACCUCUUAAUGAUGUACACAUUAAGGAUAUAACUAUUCAUGCCAACCCAUUUGCUCAAUAA